AUGGUAGAUGAGCCGGACACACCGCCUCCGCAGGGAGUAGACGCGCUGGCAGACCCCGAAGUGACACUUGUCCACAGCCGCCCGCAGUUGCAAGAGUCAAAGGAGACCAGAUUGGACCUGCUGGCAGAACAAAACUGGGAAACACUUGAGAAGAUCACCUAUGUUGCCCCGGAAAAGCGCCCGAGAGUGAAAGGCAGGAUCAAAAAGCCGAGCAGACGGAAAAAGUCGAAACGGCGGAAGAGCAGACAUCACCAAGAGCAACAACAGCCUGCUAGCCAGGACGGUCUUUUCCAUGGGUUGCUGCUCGGGUCAUUUAUAGGUGCUGCUUUAGCGGAGUUUGUACUUGCGAAGUUUAAGUAG